UACUCGCCUCAGCUCAUGCAUCGAUCCAUCACAACGAGCUUCAAUUCAUAAGCUUAUCAGCAACAAUGGCGGUGUACUCGUCGAAGCUAGCGUGCCUGGCCUUCGUGGCGGUCGCCGUCGCCGUCCUCGCCGCCACGCCAUGCGCGGCGCAGAACUCGCCGCAGGACUACGUGGACCCGCACAACGCGGCGCGGUCCGACGUCGGCGUCGGCCCCGUCACCUGGGACGACACGGUGGCGGCGUACGCGCAGAGCUACGCGGCGCAGAGGCAGGGCGACUGCGCGCUGGUGCACUCGGGCGGGCCCUACGGCGAGAACAUCUUCUGGGGCUCCGCCGGCGCCGACUGGUCGGCGGCGGACGCGGUGGGUUCGUGGGUGUCGGAGAAGCAGUGGUACGACCACGGCAGCAACAGCUGCUCGGCGCCGGAGGGCCAGUCGUGCGGCCACUACACGCAGGUGGUGUGGCGCGACUCCACCGCCGUCGGGUGCGCCCGCGUCGUCUGCGACAACGACGGCGGCGUCUUCAUCACCUGCAACUACAACCCGCCGGGCAACGUUGUCGGACAGAGCCCGUACUAGUAGACGACUGCCGCCUCAAUGAAUACAUGCAUGUAUAAUGAAUAAAUUAUGUCAACUGCAUAUAUAUGGUGAUGCAUACAAGUCAAUAAUAAAAUCAUGAGAUUUUUAGACAU